AUGAAGCGAGGGUACUUGUCUAUAGACGCGCUCAUACCCUUUGCGCGUCUUUAUAACGUCGCCAUCCGCGGGGUUACUUUCCGGAAGCUACGAGCAGAGGAUGGGACAGACAAGGGCGGCGCGAUCGUUGCGACAGAAAGGAAGCAGUCUGGGAAUGAAGAGCCGUCAGAAAAUGAUGUUCUAAUCAAGGUACCUUCUGACAUGAUCCUUUCCUUGGAGACGGUUCAGGAACGGGCCAAGUAUGAUCGACACCUUCACGAGGUACUGGAAGCGGUCGGGGACUUCGGGAAGAUCUCGCAUUCAUCUCCGGACCUUGCUGGACAGAAACAUAAAAUCGGCGCAUCCAAUGCUUGGUCUGAAUACGUCAAGUUCCUGCCGUCCUUUAUAACAUUACCUACCUUCUGGACAAUGGAAGAGCUGGAGCUGCUACGCGGGACGUCAUUGAGGCUGGCCUACGAGGCAAAGAUUAAAGCACUGGAAAAGGAAUUAGAGCAUCUUCGCGAGACCACUGAGGCUAUCGAAUGGUGCCGGGAACUUUGGUGGGAUGAAGAUAGUGUCACUCUCGAGGACUGGAAGUAUCUUGACGCUGUUUUUCGGUCACGCGUGCUGGAUCUACCAGGGUAUGGGCAUGCAAUGGUCCCUUGCAUUGAUAUGGCCAAUCAUGCGUCUGAUUCGACUGUGAAUGCCCUGUAUGAGAAGGAUGAUAAUGGAGAUGCCAUACUUCAGCUGCGUCCGCGGAAGAACUUGCGCUUGGAUGAGGAAGUUACUAUCUCAUACGGUCAGGAUAAAGCGGCUUCCGAGAUGGUCUUCUCAUAUGGUUUUCUUGAUUCAGAGAGAAGCGAUGCUAAGCAAAUGGUCUUAGACCUGGAUAUCCCGGAAGACGAUCCACUGAGACUGGCUAAAACCGCAUUCUGCAGAGAAACGCCUGGACUUUGCAUUUCCUCAAAACCUACAGAUUCCGACGGAACCCGAACUUACUGGGAGAGUCCGAUUGUCUGGUGGGCCUGUGUGAACGAAGAAGAUGGGCUUGGUUUUGCCGUAUUGCAGAAAAACGAUGGUUCGAAAGAGCUGACGGUGACAUGGAAGACGCAAGAAAUAAAGACUCCUAAUCACCUCAAAGAUAUUCUAAGUGCAGAACCAUUGUGGGAUAUCUUCCAGCUUCGCGCAGUCGUGCUCGUUCUCGAACGGCUAGAAACCCAAUUCUUUAUGCUGCAGACAACCGAAAGGAUGGUUUCAGAUCUUCAACAGCGUGAUGAUACGCUUGCGAUUUUCCGCCCUGAAGUGUUUAACACCGCCAUGAAACUGCGGGAAUUGGAGGGACGGUUGCUGGAAACUGCCAUAAAUGAUUUGGAAAAACAGAGAGAUCAAUUGAUGAUGAGCGAGGCGGUCAGAGCCUACCUCUCUCAACAGCAGUCUGUAGAGGUUGAAGACGACUUUUCAUGA